AUGGCACCUCAAGGUUAUGUACCUAGCCUUGGAGAUGAAGGAGAAGGAGAGAUAGACUGGUUGGAAGGAAGUGAGCGAGAUGACGGUGAUAACGGCGAAGGAGGAGGAGGAAACAUGAAUGGACGGAAUUAUGUGGGCAAUGAGAAUGGCUUGGGAGCCAUUGGUAACGGCAAUACCGGCAACGGACCAAUACCUUUUCACCCCCAGGUCCCAAAUAGCUAUCUCUCAACCACCAACCCACCGACGACUACUUCUACAUCUAGAUCCACGAUCAAAACAAAUCCUUCUAGCGCCAACGCCGUCACUUCUUCAUCUAUAUCAGAUACAACCACAACAUCACCUACGUCCACAUAUAUGUCUUCAUCCACAACCACAACUCUACGCUCUCAAACUAUGGUCUCUGAAUCGUUAGCAUCCUCAAUCCUACCCUCAACCCCAACUUCUACAUCUACAUCUACAACCACACCAACCUCACUCCCAAAUACCGGAGCAGGCUCGCAAUCCACUGGUCUCACCCCUCACCCCUCAACAAUCUCAACCCAUCACGCUCUAAGCGGCGCCUCGAUCGCCGGUAUCGUCAUCGGUACCCUGGCCGCAUUAACUUUCAUUCUAGCAACACUUUGGCACAUCCUACGUCGUAAAAAGAAGAACAAAGACCAUCGAAAGAGUAUUGGUGGUUUCGGCUUUGCGAAUUGGAAUGAUACUGGUACUGAUACCAGAACUGAAAAAGACACAGAACAAGUGGAAACGAUCGUUCCUCCGUAUGACGGGAGAAUUAGACCAGGAAUGGGAGUACAGCGUGUAUUGACUUGGAGCACCAUGCGGAGUCUAACACAUAGUCGUAUAAGCAGCCAAGUAUCACAGAAUCCUUCUACUUCUUCUCAACACACAUUGCGGAAUCCUUUUGCGGAGCAAAAUUGUUCGAUCCCCGGUCUAGAAAAUGGGAACUUGGGAAACGAACCAGAUAAAAGGACAUUGGAUGAAAACGAAGCAGGUGCGCAUGAAGAUAUAGUAGAAUUUGGUGAUUCAAUAGACUGGAUUCGAAAUAGGGAUAGGAGGAGAGAUAGGGACAGGGGUGGAUUGCCUGUGAGUGGUACGGGGGCGGGGUCGAUGGAUUGGAGGUAUUCGGUUAGGAUUAAUGGGGGUGGGAAUAAUCUUUAA